CAUGCAACAUUUAUACAAUCAAUCAUUGAGUAGACUGGUUGCGCACAAUCGCUGUCUGGACACUAUACCAUGUGGACGCACUGCCUGGUGGCCAGAUCACGUUUUAAUUUGUCCCAGUGAGCUAUCUCUAGACUUCAGUAUCGGCACCAGCAGAAUGGUAUAAUGGCGACCGACUCUGUGUUACACCGGCUGCCUAGUUGCUGCAAGGACAUACAACAGCACCCUCUCCAUCUGCAGCAAUUCACGGAUUACAUUUUGGUGAUGCUGCAUCGAGCUGAUGGGAGAGUACCGACGACGUCGUGAAACUGUGUUUGUUUUGGAUGUUUGUGAGCAACGAUCCAUCUCUGGACACGAUGACACGCGAUCAACAAAGCCGCCGAAUCUGACCAUCCGACUUACCAACAACGACCAGCGAACAGCUGAGAAGUUUCUGGGUUGCUGCGAUCUGCUGGAAGUGAAGCGUGUAUGCCAGAUGGCCUGUCAAGAUGCCAUUUGGAAGCGGGCUCUUAAAAGAGGUGAUCUGCAUUCAGUGGUUUGGCGUUUUUCUUUGAGAACACUGGAUUUCCGUCUUCUCAUAAGGUCGAAAACUGGAAUAUAUGGCUCUAUUUGGCAUUGCAGCAACCGCAGUGUACAUAUUUAGUCAGAAAUAUGACGUUUUGGAAGGCGGGUCUUCUUCAAAGCAGACGACAAGCGAGCAGACAGGUACAAGAAUUCCUACCCAAAACGGAAAUAAACGCACAUGGAACAGUAUAUCGGAAAAUCGACAUAAACAUUUCGUUAUAUGUAUAGAAUCUGGUCGCCUUGGAAACGCGAUGUUUACUUAUGCAUCUAUUUAUGGUAUUGCGUCGAGAAAGAAUAUGAGUGUUGUCAUUGAUGAAAGCAACCCGCUGGUGAAACAUUUCAAAUUGGACGCGAAAAUUAUGAAGAUUCAGUCGCUAAGCGGUUAUUUGAAAUUGGUCGAAAAAAGUUCGUGCGACUUUGACCAAACAUUGACUAAGUUCGACCCAAUCAGAAAUGUCAUGAUAGAACGGUAUUUGCAAUCAUGGCUAUACUUCUCUCACGUCCAGAACAAAAUCCGGAGUCAAUUUGAUUUCACAGAUUCUACAAAAGCAUCGGCUGAUGGUAUUCUUAAUAGGAUUCGUGAGGAAAGGUCAUUGUCAGCCAACGCGAGUGCCACCUUAGUUGGCAUCCAUUACAGAAGAGGGGACUAUGAGCUGAAACAUUUCAAAGAUUUUGGUUAUCAGCUUGCCCCAGUGGAAUAUAUUCAACGUGCAAUGGAGUACUUCCGCUUGAGGUACAGUCACGUGACUUUCGUCCUUGCAACUACUUCCGCUGACUUCGUAAAAGAUCUUCUGAAGGAUGGUGAUGUCAUACAUGUGACUGGAGGUACAGCGAUAGUAGAUAUGGCUAUUAUGGCGAGAUGUGACCACUUGAUUCAAACUGUCGGGACGUAUGGAUGGUGGUCAGGAUUUCUAAACAGGGGUACUGUUGUGUAUUAUAAAUACCCAGCAAGAGAAGGAUCUGAUUUCCGAAAAAUGUUUAGUAGUGAUUAUUCAAGUUUUUUCUACCCCAAAUGGAUCGGAAUGGAAUGAUAAAUGGAACUAUUUCAUCAGGUGUUUGAACAUGAGGGUAUUCCUGGUAAAAGGGCUUUCAGCACAUGUGUUUGUCAAUGGAUGUGACUAAUUGGAUCGGGGGGUCAUCCAAACCCACACUCACAACCCUCACACCAAUACCCUACAACCAUCACUCACGCCCACACCUCUCACACAGACCACGUGAUAAAACUUUUACAUUGCUUCUUAAGGAUUCAGCACACAUGUAAACGCAUGAAUACGUUUUCGUCCAAGUCACGGUUUGCUAAAACGGUUGAUUCCUUCCCAAAAUAUACGCAUGCGCGUUACACGCAGCAGAAACUCUUGACAACAAUCGACCGCCUCCGUGGUCUAGUGGUAGAGCGUCCGCCAGGAGAGCGGAAGGUCCGGGGUUCGAUCCCCGACCGCGUCAUACCAAAAGACGUUAAAAGAUGGUACUUGUUGUUACCCUGCG